AGCGCAUGCACGGCAAUGCUUGCACCCCAUCAUUUCCAUGUCACAGAAAAAGGUAGAAGAGUCCAAAGCACACAUUCCCACCACACCGCUCCACUCCAUGGCAGUGCACCGCUACCCAAGUACCCAAUGCGUCCCUCUCUUCUUCCUCCCUGGCUCCCUGCAUUCAUAGCUGUUCACGAGUGUUCACUUCUCUCUCUCACCCUCUCUCUCUCUCUUCCCCAAUGCUUCACUCCAAGCUACUGUGGUGUGAGAGUACUCUGUACUCGUAGUGUGAGCUCAGCUCGCUUCGGUCUCUUCGAGCUUGUGCGAGCACUGAUGCCGCGUUAGGUGGCGGCCGGGUAUCGUCGUCGAGGCCGACCGUUUAUUUGCACGCCCAAAUGCUCACGCAGCUGCUGCUCGUGCUCGCGCACCUCCUCUUCCUCCUCCCUUCUUCUUCCUCCUCUCACCACCUCCAGUUCCAUCGACGCGAAGGCCGCCAUUACCAACGGUACGGCGGGCGGAGGGCGCUGCACGAGCCGCUGUUCCCUCUGGAGAGCGCGCCCUCGCUGCCGCUUCCGCCGCCGCCGCCUCCCGCGCCCUUCUUCCCGUUCUUGCCCGACGCCGCGCCGCCGCAGACCACCACCGCCCCCGCCAUCGCCGGCGCCGGUGCCGGAACCGAUGGCGGCGACUCGACGUCUUCCUCCUCGCCGAACCCCACGGCGGAGGCCAACAUUUCCUCCUUAGCCAAGCCUAACCCCCCUUCCCCACCGCUCCGCUCAUUCCUCUCCUCCCACCGCAGCCUCACCAUCCUCCUUCCGUUCGCCGCCGUAGCGUCCGCCGUGCUCGCCGCGGCGCUCGUGUACCUCCUGGCUGUCCGCCGCCGCGACCGGUCCGAGCCGGAACCGGAACCACCCGUAGCGUACAAAAAGCCCGCCUUGCCUUCGCACGCCAAACCCGCGCUUCACGACGACGACCAGCAUCAGCAUGGCCGGGGCUCCACGGCCACCGCGUCCGGCACCAGCUCUCCGGAGCUCCGGCCGAUGCCGCCUCUGCCACGGCAGUUCCAGCAGACGAGGAUGAGCUCGCUGUCAAGCUCGAAACCCGUUCUUGUUGAAGAUGGAACAGGGGACAAGCUAGCGCCGGUGGGUGUUCCUGUUCCCCCGCCUCCCCCGCCGCCGCCAUUGCCGCCUAGCAAAGGCGGCGUUAGCGCGCCGGCGGCGGCACCUGCGCCACCGCCCCCGCUGCCGCGAGCCGGCAAUGGCAGCGGCUGGCUGCCGAGGCGGCUCUCCGAGCGCCCCGCGCCCACGGUGAUCAGGGCCUCGGCGGGGGCAGUUCACCCCGAGGAUCAGUCGUCGGAGCCGGAGGAUAAGGAGGCGGAUGCGGCUGCUCGCCCGAAGCUGAAGCCGCUGCACUGGGACAAGGUGCGGGCGAGCUCCGGCCGGCCGACGGUGUGGGACCAGCUCAAGGCGAGCUCGUUCCGGGUGAACGAAGAGAUGAUCGAGACAUUGUUCGUCUCCAAUUCGACGAGGAGGAUGUCCAAGAACGGAUUCAAGGAGGCAAACGGAGCAUGCUGCAAUCAGGAGAACAAAGUGCUCGACGCAAAAAAAUCGCAGAACAUCGCGAUCAUGCUGAGGGCUCUCGACGCAACCAAGGAAGAAGUGUGCAAGGCUCUCCUUGAUGGUCAGACCGAGAGCCUUGGAGCUGAGGUGCUGGAGACACUGCUGAAAAUGGCUCCUAGCAAAGAAGAAGAUAUCAAGCUGCGAGAAUAUAGGGAGGAUGCUCUGUCAAAGCUUGGCCCUGCCGAGAGCUUCCUCAAGGCAGUGCUUGCGAUACCAUUCGCGUUCAAGAGAGCAGAAGCCAUGCUUUACAUGGCCAACUUCGAUUCAGAAGUUGACUUUCUCAAGGCCUCCUUCAAAACCCUUGAGGCUGCCUGCGAAGAGCUAAGGGGUAGCAGAUUGUUCCACAAGAUCUUGGAUGCCGUCCUGAAGACUGGUAACCGGAUGAACACCGGCACAAACCGUGGGAAUGCACACGCCUUUAAGCUUGAUGCGCUCCUCAAGUUAGUCGACGUAAAGGGCGCAGAUGGCAAGACAACCCUUCUGCACUUCGUCAUCGAAGAAAUUACUAAGUCUGAAGGUGCCAACAUUGUAGCCUCUGGUGAAAUGAACAACCAGGCGAGCACCGUAGAUGAUUUGCAGUGCAAGAAGGUUGGCCUUAAAAUUGUGGCUAGCCUUGGUGGUGAGCUCAACAACGUGAAAAAGGCGGCCGCAAUGGACUCUGACUCACUGGCUAGCUGCGUCUCGAAGCUCUCCGCCGGUGUAAGCAAGAUCAGUGAGGUCGUGCAGUUGAACCAGCAACUAGGUCCUGACGAUCGCUGCAAGAAGUUUCGCACCUCCAUCAGCGAGUUCCUGCAGAAGGCUGAAGCCGAGAUCACCGCGGUACAGGCUCAAGAGGGCCUUGCCCUCUCCCACGUCAGGGAGACGACCGAGUUCUUCCAUGGCAACUGUGCGAAGGAGGAAGGCCACCCUCUGAGGAUCUUCAUGGUAGUCCGUGACUUCCUCAAUGUUCUCGAUCGUGUCUGCAAGGACGUUAGCAGGAUGAAGGAACAAACGUCCGCGACAGGUUUCAUCUCCUCACGUCGGCCGGAGAAUGUGACUGCUCUUCCGAGGUUCAACGUGGUGCAGUCCAGUAGCUCUGAGGAGGAGAGCUCAUCGUCCUAGCCAUCGGUGGGCAUUGACUGUCUUGAGCUUGGAAUCUGCAUGUUAGCUAUUGUCUAGAGGAAAAGCAAUGCAGGAUCAAGCUUUAGAAUCAUAUAAGUAUUUCGUACCAGUAGCAGAUAAGUGUAGAUCAAAGUCUAUAUUGUAUUACAUGAUUCCGCAUGCUAAAGCAUCAUGCAGCCAAUGGCCUACUAAAGGUUAAAGUGGCAUUGUAGCUGAUGAUUCAGACAUGCUAAGAAUCACUAGAUGAGAGCUUUUGGCAAAUUUACCAUUCUGUAUCUCAUGAUAAAAGUUCAGUCUACAAGAAAAUGGCUUCAUCAAA